AUGUUGCUGAAGACUCUUGUCUGCUACCUUGCUGUCGGCGCCUCCUGCGCGUUGGCAGCCACCAACACAGAGCAGGCCAUCUCCGACAUGGACAACCUCGCCAAGGCAAUCCGAGACGCGAGGGACUCCGUGUAUAACUACCAAGGAGGCCUUUCUGGUGCCAUCGACACCGCAAGCGCCGUCAGCAACGCAAAGCUCGCUGCCAGAAACGCUCGAGAGAGCCUCGCUGGUAGCAACGGUCUUACUCCUGACGAAGCGACCAAGUACUACGAGGCUUACACCAAAAUGUCACCCGUUCUACUUGAUGCAUUGACGGUUGCCAAGGACAAGGCGCCUCUUUACAAGGAGGCUGGAGUGAGUCCGCAAGCUCGGGAGACCGUGCAGGAUUUGCACAAUGAGAAGAAAAUGUUUCAGGAGCAGGCAAAUAAGCAGAUUCCUGAGGAGACAAUGCGGAAGGCUGCUGCGUCCAAUGAGCAGAUCAGCAAGGCCUUUGACGAGGCGGAAGCUGCAUUUCUGUGA